UCCGUCAUACCAUGAAAUUGUUUAUAAUCUCCACAACAUGGCGGCGAAAACGAAAGUGAAACGGAGAACUUGAACUGUUGAAGAGAACAUGGCGCGAGACAUAGAGACAGAUUAGCAGUUGUCAAAGGAAGAUAUGCCACCAUGUCAACUGGAGGACUGACAGAAGAACAAAAAAGAAGGAUAGAAGAAAACAAAAGGAAAGCACUUGCUAAGCGUGCCCAGAAUCAAAGCCCUCACAAACAAACACCAGUUUCUACCUCAUGGAACAAACCAAAAACCUCAGGCCAAUAUGUAAAUUCAAGUGGUGUAGUAGUGCCCCCUGGUGGAUGUUUUCAGAGUUCAAACCAACAGGGAAAAGUAACUCCGACAUGGCCUACAAAACUUUACCAAAAACCUUCAAGUACAGUUGUGCCUCCUGCUGGUAGUGUUCAAAAUUCAAAUCAACAGGGAAAGACAACUCCUUCAUGGCCUACUACAAAACUUAAUCAAAAUUCCAGCACAGUGAUUUCACAUGUUGCUAAAAAUGAAAAUGGUAUUGAAAAAGGAAAAGGAACUUCGAACUGGCUCAGUAAAAGUUUUGGCCAAUCUCAUGCGAACAAACAGUUUUCAUCACAGGGCAAUGCAUUUAAGGGAAAAGAACAAUUCAGUGCCACCGAUGUUGCUAAAAAAUUGGCCAUGUCUGGGAGCAAUUUUAUGGGAAGUAACAAGUCAGUGAAGGGAAACUGUGUUCUGAUAUCCAGAGACAGGUUCGAGGUUGAUGCUAAAUUUAGUGCACCACUUGUGGAAGUCUUCAAGUCCAUGAAUUCAAAACUCUAUGAUGCAGUUACCAAAAAAUGGUCUUUCGCACUUGAAGAAUACAACAGAUUUAUGGCAGCAGUCAAAGAGCUCCGGCCGUCAGUGGAGAUUGAGCCAUUCCCUAAACACAUACUACAAGUGUUUAGUUCUCAUAUCAAGGGAAAGUACUCUACCAGGACGAUUGCUUCCGCUGACCUCUCGAAAAUUGACCAGGGACUAGUAGAUGCAUUACUGCCUUUCCAACGAACAGGAGUCGAGUUUGGGAUACACAUGAACGGGCGUGUGCUGAUUGCGGAUGAUAUGGGUUUAGGGAAAACCAUUCAGGCAAUCUGUCUAUCAAGUUACUACAGAGAUGAAUGGCCACUCCUCGUUGUGGCGCCAUCCUCUGUUAGAUUUGCCUGGGCACAGCAAAUUCAAAGAUGGCUUCCAAGUGUUGAUCCCCAGGAGAUCUUCGUCCCGACUACCGGGAAAGAGAUCACCUCCACAUACCGCGUCAAUAUAUUCAGCUAUGAUCUGAUGGCGAAGAAGGUAGAACACCUAAAGAAGCAACAUUUCAAAGUGAUCAUUAUGGAUGAAUGCCAUCUAUUGAAAAAUUUCAAGACAGCGAGAUGCAAAGCCGCUCUGCCACUUCUGCAGAGCUCCCAUCGUGUGAUCUUGCUGAGCGGAACUCCUGCCCUCUCACGACCUUCUGAACUCUUCACAUCUAUCCAGGCAGUCUGUCCAUUCCUGAUCAAGUUCCAUGAUUUUGGUGUGAGAUAUUGUGAUGGGAAGAAGUUGCCAUUUGGAUGGGAUUUCUCAGGAUCUUCAAACAUGAAUGAACUUCAAUUAAUUUUGGAAGAGAAAAUUAUGAUACGGCGAUUAAAGAAGGAGGUACUGACACAGCUUCCAGACAAGAUGAGACAGAUGGUUGUCCUUGAUCCCAGUUCUAUUAAGAUCAACAAGGAGAUGAAGACGGACUGUAAGGCAAUGAACAUCAAAGGGCUAAAGGGAAUGGAGAAGAGGGGCGUCCUAUUGGAAUACUUCCAUCAUACUGGAGCUGCAAAGAUUCCUGCCAUCAGGGAUUAUGUUGUGGACCUGAUAGAAACUGACAAGAAGUUUUUGAUAUUUGCCCAUCAUCAAGAAGUGCUAGACGCUAUCGAAGAUGUGGUUAAAGCUAAGUUGAAGCAGCACUACAUUCGUAUAGACGGCAGAACAACAGCGGAGCAGAGAAACUUUUUUUGUAAGAAGUUCCAGGAGAAUGAUGAUUAUCGUGUGGCAGUCCUGUCCAUAAUGGCAGCCAAUGCAGGCCUGAAUCUGUCAGCUGCAAACCUGGUAGUGUUUGGAGAACUCUUUUGGAACCCAGGGAUACUAGUACAGGCUGAGGACAGAGUCCAUCGGAUUGGUCAGCAGGAUAUGGUCACUGUCCAGUAUCUUGUGUCCCAGGGCACUGCUGACGACUAUAUAUGGCCUCUGGUACAGAAGAAACUGGAUGUCUUGGCCAGAGCUGGUCUUAGUAAGGACAAUUUCUCUGAGGCUGACACAACCCAUGCCAGGGAUAGUAAACAGAGGGACCUUACAGAAUUUUUUGAAGAGUCUUUCAUGGAAGAGACAGAGGAGAUAGCAGAUGAUAAAUCAGUUAUGGACAAGUCCGAGUGUGUCGAUGGGGGACCAAACCACGGGGUAUCCAUCUCCAACUCAAAAUCCAAGGAGGAGCCUGGGACACAUAGUAAAAAACAGUCAUCCCUGUUCAGCUAUUUCCAUUCAUCAGAUAGAGAGAAUUCGCCAGAGGCAGCUAAAUCAGAAAAUGACAGUAAUGUGAAACAGGAAGAGGAUUUUCCUAACGAUGACCUUGACCUCAUGAUAGGAGAAGUUGAUUGGGAAGAGGAUGACUUUGACGAGCCACAAAAUAAGCGACCAAAACUCAUUUGAUAAACUUUCAUCUUUUUUUCAUCAUGUGGAAGUAAAACAAAUAUGAAAUUGCUAACUAUAUACAUCUGUGAUAUAUUGUGAUGUUCACAAAUAGAAAAAUAUUUGAAUGUGUUCCAACUGAUAUUAGUUGACUCUGAAUGCAUGUGAUAAUAAUAUUGUGUGCGAAAUUCAAUGAAGAUUCCGAACACAAGGCUACAUUUCUAAACAUGAGGCUACAUUUCUAAACACAAGGCUACAUUUCUAAACACGAGGCUAUGUUUCAAUACUCAACUAAUACAAGGAAUCAUUUCAAAAGCAACUUACUGAGUAAGUCAAUUAAUGUGCCCAAAUGUGUUCUUUGUGUGGGAAGUUGAAUUGAGGAAGGCUAUUCAAUUUCAGUUUUUGAAGAAGAGGAAAAUUUGGCUUUUUUUCUCUUACAUUGUUUUAUAAUUUGAGAGCAAAUGCUGUUUACACUGGAGUGCAGUAGUGUGGUAUUGUACUGAAAUCAGAAUGCUAGCUACACUACAGAAUCACCAACAUGUGGUUCCUAGUUACUGGUGAUCCUGUGAUCAUUGUACUAUUAUUACCUAGUAGUGACUCCGUAGUUCUGUAUUGUAUUAAUCACCACCACAAGCAGCUUAGUAAUAUUGAUAUCCAAUGCAAUCUGUAUAGUUACCAUUUGAUUAUACAAAAUUAUGUGUUCAGCGCAUUGGGAGAAUGUUCAUUAAAAUGAUUUGAUUAUAAA